AGGUACAAUGAAUAGCGAACCGAAACCAGGACUUGCGAUGUCUUCCCAUUUUAUGGGAACGGAUAAUCAGGACCAGUACAAAGGAACCUACGCCAUGAAUAGGCUGAGCAUUGCCAAUCUUUUAAACUCACCAUCGUCAACAUUACCAACUGGAAAUGAUUUUCAAAACUUUGGAUUGGAACGACAAAUCAACGAGGGUGUACUGCCACAAUUAUUGCAAAACCCGUGGGCUAUCAAUUUCUGGCUCCAAUUUCAAAACGCACAACUUCAACCUCAUUUGCAAUACGCGGCUUUGGCUUGCAGUCUUGUCACGGAAAAUCCUCUGGAUUUGAGUAAUAAGACAAUGAAUAUGCUCCAGAAAAUUGGAGUUUUCAACAGCGUGACGAAAAGUGAAGAUGAUGAAUCGGUUGCACCAGAAAAACCAGUAGAUGAAUCGUUAAACAAAUCGAAUAUUUUGAGGAGAAACUACACUGUGGAGGAUUUGACCCAAGCAGUGGAGGACAUUCGACAAGGAAAACUUGGAACAAGAAGGGCAUCUGUGGUAUACGGUAUUCCUCGAUCAACUCUACGAAACAAAAUUUAUAAGCUCGAAGCGGAAGGGGCAAUCCCAUCAAAAGUUCGCCGUGGAAAAAUAGCGGCGCGACGAGCCGAAGCGGAGCAAAAAAGAUGUGUUGAGGCGACGGCGGCGGCUGCUUUAUUGGACGCGUUCGGCAAUCAAUCUGACUCAUCCUCAUCUUCACCUCAUGCCUCAAUGUGCCCAAGCUCACCUGACAGCACAAAUAGCAGUUUAGAAGGGACCGGUGAGACGCCGGAGAUGUCUGACAAGAAGUCGUGUUCCCCCUUGGACCCCAAGUGGCUUGAGUCUAUCUGGCAGAACUUGUUCAAAACUCAAGGAAAUGUGGUCCCAGUGGAUAGUGCAAACAUUUCUAACGUUGAUACCCAUACUCCUACGCCGAUUUCGGAGAAGUCUCAGAAAAUGCAUGGAAAUGAGGAGUGGAAGAGGAGCAGGCCGAAGAGAGGACAAUAUAGAAAAUAUGACAAAAAUGCUCUGGACGAAGCUGUGAGAAGUGUCCGUCGAGGGGAAAUGACUGUUCAUCGAGCGGGUAGCUUUUUUGGUGUUCCUCACUCCACUCUUGAGUAUAAGGUUAAAGAAAGAAAUUUGAUGCGAAAAAAGAAGGACUGCCUCUACAGCCAUGACUCUUCAACCAGUGAAGAUGGUAGCCAACUUGUUACGUCUACAAUUUCUGAGAAAUCCGAUUCGUCUUCCCACACUUCCACUCCGAUUCCAUUUCCCAUUUCACUUGUUUAGAUCGAAUCGCUAGUCUUGAAAUUUCUAAAAAGUUAAUUUUCAAUAUAAGACACAAUUUUCAUACACUUGCAUUUCAUUUUUUCUCACUCAUCAUUUUCCCGAAAGUAAAAAUAUUCAAUGAAUAGUCAAUCACAAUUAUUUAUUGUCGUAUACUUGUUGUUCUCACUUUCUGAAAAUUUCAAAUCUUUGGAUUUCAAUAAAUUUUAAAUUUUCGAAAUC